AUGUUCUCGCCGACACGCUUGCUCUCGGCAGGCGUCAUCACUGCGCUCUGCGCCGGACAAGCUCAAGCGUUCUACCUCCCCGGCGCCGCACCACACGACUACCAUGACGGAGAGCCAGUGAACCUCUAUGUCAAUACGUUGACACCUAUGCUAGCGGGGACAGACAAUGCGAGACUGAAAAGCUUGAUAAAUUACGACUAUUAUAAUCCGGGAUUUCACUUCUGUGAGCCAGAGGGAGGACCGAAGAAACAGCCAGAGUCGCUAGGCUCCAUACUCUUUGGCGACCGCAUAUUCAAUUCCCCAUAUGACGUCCGCAUGCUGGAGAAUAACGGGACGUGUCGGACGCUCUGCACGUCUGAGAUCCCGGCAGAAGAUACCACCUUCGUCAACGACCGUAUACGAGAAGACUAUGCCCUCAACUGGCUCGUCGAUGGACUCCCUGCUGCGGAGAUGAAGGUCGACCUCAAGACGGGAGAUCUGUUCUUCGAUAUGGGGUUCAAUCUCGGCAACGACGAUCCACCGAAUCAUGAAACGCCUCUUUUGAACAAUCAUUAUGACAUUGUCUUGAGAUAUCAUACCCCGAGUCCUGGCAACAAUCGCGUGGUCGGUGUUUUGGUGUGGCCCUCAAGUCGAGGAGGCGACCAGACCGGUGCUUUGGACUGUGAUUCUGAAGUAGCGCCACUCGCUAUUCGUGAAGGAGAGGCCAAUACCGUUCGGUAUACGUAUCGUGUGAUGUGGAACGAAUCAUCUACUCCCUGGGCCACAAGAUGGGAUAACUACCUCCAUAUCUUCGACCCCCGGAUACAUUGGUUCAGUCUCAUCAACUCGCUGGUCAUCGUGGUCUUCCUCUGCGUGAUGGUUUCCAUGAUUCUCCUGCGCAGCGUAACGAGAGAUAUCUCGCGGUACAACGCCAUUGACCUAAGCGAAGAUGUACAAGAAGACUGGGGCUGGAAACUCGUCCACGGCGAAGUCUUCCGCACGCCACAAAAUCCCAUGAUCCUCUCAAUCCUCGUCGGCAACGGUGCCCAGCUAUUUGCCAUGGUUGGCGUCACUUUGCUCUUUGCUCUUCUCGGAUUCCUCUCCCCAUCAAAUCGCGGGUCCCUCGCCACCGUCAUGAUGGUGUGCUGGACCUUCUUUGGCGGAAUCGGCGGUUAUAUCUCCAGUCGGGUUUAUGCUGCUAUGGGCGGUACCAACCGUCGCAAAAACUCUUUCUUGACCGCGACGCUCCUUCCGAGCUUCAUUUUCGCGGUCGUCUUCUUGCUCAACCUAUUCCUGAUCACCGCAGGAUCCAGUGGCGCCGUUCCAUUCGGGACCAUGCUUCUCAUUGUCCUCCUGUGGUUCGGUAUCUCUGCACCUCUCUCUGCAAUCGGAGCAUACUUUGGAUCAAAACACGGGGGCGUCUCACAUCCCGUUCGCGUCAACCCGAUCCCUAGGCAGAUCCCUCCUGCUCCGAAAUACCUCAGGCCAUGGGCGGCUAUGCUUCUUGCAGGUGUACUCCCCUUCGGAGCGGCGUUUGUGGAGAUGUACUUCGUCAUGUCCAGUCUCUUCGCUUCCAGAGCAUACUACGCCUUCGGUUUCCUCGCCCUCACAGCCGGAGUGGUAGCACUGACCACCGCAACCGUCACCAUCCUCUUCACGUACUUCCUCCUCUGCGCAGAAGAAUACAGGUGGCACUGGCGCGCGUUCAUGACUGGUGGCGGGAGUGCGAUUUGGCUGCUCGCUUAUGGCGUCUUCUACUGGGCUUCGAGACUUUCGCUCGAUUCGUUCUCUGGUGUCGUGCUGUACCUCGGAUAUCUCAUCCUACUCGCCAUUCUCGACUUUUUGGUCACAGGGACUAUUGGGUUCUUGGCGACGUAUUGGGCGGUGAGAAGGCUGUAUGGAUCUAUCAGGAUCGAUUGA